AUGGACAGUCCUGGCCCGAUGUCCCCGGGCGGCGCCGGCGACAAGGGGAGGAAAGGGGAUGAACAAGAGAGGGUACAAAAGAAGACGUUCACAAACUGGAUGAAUACAUAUCUUAAACAAAAGAUCCCCCCUAUGAAGGUAGAGAACCUGUUUGCUGAUAUCAAAGAUGGGGUGGUCCUACUAUCAUUACUUGAGGUCCUCUCGGGAGAGAAACUGGCAAUGGAGCGAGGCAAAUUGAAGAGGGUUCACUAUUUCAGCAACUUAUCAACCGCCCUAAAAUUUCUGGAGAAUAAAAGGAUUAAACUUGUGAACAUCAAUGUUUCGGACAUUGCUGAUGGCAAAUCUUCAAUUGUGCUGGGUCUUAUUUGGAUCAUCAUCUUGUUCUUCCAGAUUAAGGAGGUGAUGGUUCCCCAGGAAACGGAAGGUACAGAGCAGCUCCCUAUAACUGCCCUCGACAAGAUUCGCGUGAAUGCAAAGAAAGCUCUCCUGUCGUGGACAGAAAAUGCUAUAACAAAACGAUACGGUAUCGAAGUCAAAGAUUUUGGCAGAAGUUUGCGAGACGGUCUUGCCUUCAAUGCAAUCAUACACACGAUCCGACCUGACCUUGUGGACAUGGACCAGGUAAGAAAACAGAGCGCCAGGGUCAACAUUGAGAGUGCCUUCUCGAUCGCUGAAGAUCACCUUGGAAUCGCGAGACUUCUUGACCCUGGAGACGUGGAUGUCGCCAAACCUGAUGAGAAAUCUGUGAUGACUUACGUUGCUCAAUUCUUGAAGACCUACCCAGAGGCUGGAGAGGACCAAUCUUUACGAAAGAAGUCGCAGAAUUUUGCUGAACAGGAAUUGGCCGACUACAAGGAGUUGCUUACCUGGUAUCAGACGGAGGCUGAGGAGGUGCUGACGAUCGUUGAGCCUGUCGAAGACAUGCAUCAGGAGUACAUGGACUAUUUGGCCUUCAAAGCAGAAGUGGACAGAAGGGGGCAUAUUUAUUACAAACUAGACGAAAAAGUCCGAACUGGAAAAUCUGUAAAAUUCACAUCAGAAACCUUCAAACCCCUCGAAGAGUCAUGGAAGAAAGUGGUUCGACAGACGCGCGUGUGGCUGUGGAAAUUGGGCGCGAGUCUGCCAGAAACUUGGAAAGUUUGGCGAUUGGGUGAACCAGGCAGAGGAGAUUUUGGAGCUUGA